GAAACCUAAUUUUACUCAUUUGUACGUAAGGAAGAAGAAGAAGAGGAGAUUAAUGGGUGAGCCGGACGAAGUGGAGACGAAGCAGACGCAUCCUUUGGAAAAGAAAUGGACCUUCUGGUUUGACAAUCAAUCGAAGCCUAAGCAAGGCGCUGCCUGGGGUUCAUCCCUUCGCAAGGUCUACACAUUUGAAACUGUUGAGGAGUUUUGGUGUCUGUAUGAUCAGAUCUUCAAGCCUAGUAAGUUGCCUGCGAAUGCUGACUUCCACCUGUUUAGAUCCGGUAUUGAGCCUAAGUGGGAAGAUCCUGAAUGUGCUAAUGGGGGCAAAUGGAUUGUCACAAGUAGCAGUAAAACUAAUCUUGACCACCUUUGGCUCGAAACUCUAAUGGCUAUGAUUGGAGAACAGUUUGAUGAAGCUGAAGAUAUAUGUGGUGUUGUUGCUAGUGUUCGGCCUAGACAAGAUAAACUUGCCCUCUGGACUAAGUCAGCAUCUAAUGAGGCUGCUCAGAUGCGAAUUGGGAGGAAGUGGAAGGAAAUCCUGGAUUUUGCUGAUAAGAUUAAUUACAGUUUUCAUGAUGACUCCAAACGCGAAAGAUCAGCAAAAGGUCGAUACAGCGUGUGAAGAUGUGCUGAUUUUAAUAUCAUAUUAGUUGAAAGGCCAUAAUUGCUUGAUUUUGUUUUUAUGGAAUCAAUGGCAGUCUUUGCUAUGAUAUGGUGUUGUUCUUAUGUGGAUGUAUAACUUUUUCUUCAAAAUUCUAUCUCUUGAAUUGCCAUCUUUUUAAAUUUGGUUUAGAUCUUUUGGAUUUGCUAUAAAUUUCUUUGUUCUUUUUGAACUCUCUCAAACAAAGCUCAAUUAGAUUACUUACUAUAUUUGUAUUUGGUGGGAUACUUUUUUCAUAGCAUUUUAAUUGUCUCA